AUGCCGUUGGUGGACAAGCAACCAACCGAUAACCAUCCAGGCAUGGAGGGGCGGUCAAUUCUAUUGGGUGGGAGUCUCGCAUUGUGUGCCCUCUUGGCCACCUCAUUUUUUGUUUUCGUCGCCGUGCGCUGUUGGAAAAAAUUUCGCCGACCCCGUCGACACAUGAAUGCCAAAUAUACAGAAGUGCCGACCUCAGUGCCGACAAUCAAGAUCUCGGUGCCAUCCUCGUCGUCGGCGAUGAGCAUAUCGAGGAAAUCUUGGUUGAAUGGAGCUCACCGCAUGCGGCUCUUCUCAUCCGAUGCCGUGUCCCCACCGUGGAUGUCAGGCGAAAACCCGCACAAUCCACGCAUUCAUGUCACAAAUUGCAAUAAUAGCACGACGAGUCUUCGAAAAACCCCGCCAUGCUCGAGUCCUGGGAUUAUCUCAACCUCGGAUGCUUCGGAUUCGUCGGAGCGUCGAGCCUCAUCCGCCAAAAAUAGUCUUUUCCUCUUUAGCGAGGAUGCUGAUUACACAGAAGAGACCGAUGAAGUGGACGAUCGAUCGGUGCUCCGCUACGAGCUCGGUUUCUACGAGAAAACGGGGAAAGAUUGCUAUCGAGGCACAUUGACCUUCGCUUUACGCUACGAUUUCAUCCAUCGUGUGCUGAUGUUACAUGUUUUACGCGCCAACCAUUUACCGGUUGAGGACAAAGAACAAACGGUGGACCCGUACGUGAAAGUGUACUUGUUGCCGGAUCGGCGGAGUCAUUGCAAAACGAGGAUAUGCAAGAAAACUUUGGAUCCAGAGUUCAACGAGAUGUUCAGCUUUGACGUGCCAUUCAAUAGUCUAUCAAAUAAAAUGUUGCAGUUUACCGUCUACGAUUUCGAUCGAUUUACGAGACACGGAUUAAUAGGCAAUGUGAUUAUGAGGGAUCUUUUCGAUAAAUCCGAUCUCUACGCAUGGACGGAAUACACGAUGCAAAUCGUUUGCAGUCAGGAGAAGAACGAUUUCGGCGAUUUAUUGUUGUACCUUUCGUACUCGGUUUCCGAGCAAAAGUUGUGGGUAACUGUGGCAAAAGCCUACAAUUUGAGGCCAAUGGAUAUCACUGGAGCAUCGGAUCCCUAUGUGAAAGUGGAACAGGUUUUCCGGGGAAGACGGGUGAAAUUGCGUCGAACGACGACAAAGAGAGCAAAUUUGAAUCCGGUUUAUCACGAGACUUUGGAAUUCGAUUUACCACCGACACAAGCGGGAGAGACGAAUAUGCUAGUGCAAGUGAUGGAUUGGGAUAGAAUUGGUAAAGACGAUCUCUUGGGCUGCUGCAUAUUGGGCCACGAUUCUCCGACAAGUCACGGGAGAACACAAUGGGAACAGUGCUUUGCUUUAGCCUACGCCGACGGGAAUAAUCACGGAAAUAAGUCGAAACCGGUCGGCACAUGGCAUUCCAUUCUUUCCGAGGUGCCCGAGAAUUUCCGUGACAUUCCGAAAGCAAAGAAAAGAAAA